AUGUUUGUGUGGCUAUGCAGGAGGAGCGCCGACUCAAUCAAGGCCGAGACCCGGCACCGCCCUGCUAACCUGGGCGCUGAGAUGGUCCGUCUCGCUAAGCCAUGGGUUUUUCAUAGGCCAAUUGAUAGCACCUGUAGCUGGGCGCCGAUCGUGGCCCUAAUAGCUGCCUCGACGAAGGGAUUUGGAGAGUUUACCUUCGCUCGCGGUGCUUGUCGUUACAACCAGAGCCAUUAUGCUCGCGCCUUUCGCCAUAGCCUCGGCCGCUCGGACGUAGCAUUGUCUGCUCGUCUGGCUGACCGCCGCUCGCGACCUCCCGGGCAAGACUGCCCUUCGACCACUUGGGACUAUGCGAUCUUAGCUUCCUUCGCGGCUCGCCUCCGCUCCGACAAUAUCUGUAGCACCUGCUGCCCAGAUAACACUGGUGCUUCCAGCCUGACUGGCCGGCUUCUCACCGCGACAUUUGGGCCUCGAUACGCCCCCCGACUCUGGCUUCCACAGCCUACGACUUUUUUUUGGGGGCUAAAACGCCCCCGAACACUCUGCGCGUCAUCCCGAUGCCUCGACCGACCUCUGCAACACCUGUUGCCCAGAGAUAACUUUUCUUCCUCAGCAACUUCGGUUGCCGCCCGUGCUAUCGCCGGGCUUUGCAAAUACUAUAAUAACAGAUAA